AUGACGUUUGCAGAGUUACAAUACAGCCUCUGUCAAAAUAUAGAGAGUGAUAUCUUAAAGAGAGUGAGCAAUAUUCUAUAUCGGAAUCUCGUUAUCAUAUUUGGUAGCCUAAUACAGUUUGAUAUCAUGCCGAUCAUUGAUGAUGCAAAUAUGCAGCAUAUGAAAGAUGAUAGAGGCGAAGUAUAUGAAGGAAUGAAAAGUGAUAGCAAAGAGGAUUUUGAAGCUACCUACGAAGCUGAUGAGAAGGAUGAGAAUGGUGAUGUGAGAGGUGAGGCAAUAAUAAAAAAUGUAGUGGUUUCACCUGCAGUCAGUCAACCGAUGGACGUUUCACCUUUUAUGCGUAAUUUGGAUCUUGACAUCAUACAUGUACCGAAAUUUUCUGAAUAUACAAACAUAGGUGUUGUUGAUCUCGAGGAAGGAGAAUUUAGGAUUGGAAUGGAGUACAGUUCUAGAAAGUCGAUAGUCGAGGCAAUUAGAAGCUACACUAUUUCUAGAGGAGUCGAUUACACUGUUUAUAAGUCUGAGCCACAAACAUUUUAUGCAAAAUGCAAGAUGUAUAGCCAUGGGUGCGAUUGGCUUAUCCGAACCAGCUUGAUACGGAAGAAAGGUUGUUGGGAGAUACAGAGAUAUAACGGGAGGCACACGUGCACCAUAGGAACGGUUUCACAAGAUCAUUCCAAGUUAGACUCAGACAUGGUUGCUGAGGCUAUAAGGCCAUUGGUUGAAACCGACCCAUCCAUAAAGGUGAAAUCUAUAACUGCGGAAGUCCAGUUAAGGUUCAACUAUACCAUCAGUUACCGAAAGGCUUGGUUGGCAAAGCAGAAGUCGAUAACCAGAGUUUUUGGUGGUUGGAAAUUAUCUUAUGAAGCUUUGCCGUGGUGGUUCUUAACAAUGGUUCAGAAGAUGCCUGACUCAACUUUCAAAAUAGAAACACGACCCUUGUGUAACGGGGGUAAAGAGGCGGACGGUGUCAGGAUACUUCAGCAGGUAUUCUGGAGUUUCAAUCCAUGCUAUAAAGCGUUCCGGCAUUGCAAGCCUUUAUUUCAGGUUGAUGGCACACACCUUUACGGCAAAUAUAAAUGUGUCUUUUUGGUUGCAGUUGCACAAGAUGGGAACCAAAACAUUGUGCCGAUUGCUUUUGCCAUUGUGGAGGAGUUGAUUGCUGAUACGUGGUACUUUUUUCUCAGUAAUUUAAGAAGGCGUGUUGUUAGGAGAGACGGUGUAGGGAUAAUCUCUGAUCGACAUGAGUCAAUACGGACAGCAAUAAAUCGUAGCAACGGUGAUUGGAAACCUCCAAGAGUAUGGUGGAUGUUUUGCAUUAGACACAUUAGUUGUAACUUUUUAAGGGCAUUCAAGGACCCAUACUUGCAGAAGCUUGUUGUCAAUAUAGGCUAUUCAAGAACAGUGGACGAAUACAACAUCAACUACAAGAAGUUGCAAGAGCGAGGUGAGAGAUAUGCCCGAUGGUGUGACAAUCUCGAACUUCACCAGUGGGUAUUGGCAUUUGACGAGGGACAUCGAUGGGGUCACAUGACGACAAACCUAGUCGAGUGUCUAAAUUCAUUGUUGGAGGGUGUCCGAAAUGUUCCUGUGUUGGCCCUUGUCCGAGCAACAUAUUAUCGGUUAGACCAGCUCUUUAUGCAAAAGAGUGCUGAGACUCACGAGCGCAAGCAUGCUGGAUUUACCUACUCUGAAUUUGCCACUCAACGUAUAGAAGAAAAUAUGCAACGUGCAAAAAAUUUAGUUGUGCAUCGGUUUGAUGGAAGAAAUGAGGUGUUCACGGUGCGCGAAAUGCCUAGUGGAAAAGUAUUAGUUGUUGAUCUUACGCAACGGGUGUAUGUUAAUGAUGUAUACAAGAUGUCAGAGAUUCGCAAGGUCUACGGAGUGGAGUUUGUCCCAGUAGGCGAUCCUGAAACAUGGCCUGCUUAUUCGGGACCGACGUUGGUCGCUAAUCCUACCUUGAGGCGAACGUCGAAAGGUCAUCCCAAAGGUCCUCGGAAAUGCCAUCUCUGCGGUAGACAGGGUCAUAGCCGUAGUCGAUGUCUUCAGCAUGUUGGACCGAGUGGAGUUGGUAGCAGUGGUGGUUCAUAG